AUGUCUCUGAUCAAUGCCACCCAGUUCCGCCCUACUUUCUACCUCAUUGGUUUCCCUGGUUUGGAGGCCAUUCAACAUUGGAUCCUUAUCCCCUUCUGCCUGAUGUAUCUGGUGGCCAUCUUGGGCAACUGCUUCAUCCUGUUCAUCAUUAAGACAAACACUCAUCUCCAUACACCGAUGUAUUACCUUCUCUCACUGCUGGCCCUCAAUGACCUUGGCCUCUCGGUGUCCACACUGCCCACCACAGUGGUCACCUUCUGGCUUGGUUCCCAGGACAUCUGUUUUGGCACCUGCCAGUUCCAGAUGUUUUGUAUCCAUUCCUUCUCCCUCAUGGAGUCUGCUGUGCUCCUUGUCAUGUCUUUCGACCGUUUUGUGGCCAUCUGUUGCCCGUUGCGGUAUUCAGUCAUUGUCGCGGGCCAGAGAGUGACUUGGGCUGGCCUUGCUAUCAUCCUCAGGGGUCCUGUGGCUCUACUCCCCAUUGUCCUCCUCCUCCAAGCAUUCCCAUACUGUGGACGGCGAAUUCUCUCUCACUCUUUUUGUCUGCACCAGGAUGUGAUUCGCCUGGCCUGUGCAGACACUACCUUUAACAAUCUGUAUGGGCUGUCACUGGUGGUAUUCACUGUGAUUCUUGACCUAGUUUUCAUUGCCUUGUCCUAUGCACUCAUUCUCCACUCUGUGAUGGGUCUGGCCUCCCGAGAAGAGCGUCUACGGGCAUUUCAGACAUGUACCUCACAUCUCAGCGCUGUGUUGGUUUUCUUUGUGCCUAUGGUGGGGCUGUCUUUAGUACACCGCUUUGGAAAGCAUGCUUCACCUGUUGUCCACCUCCUCAUGGCUAACAUCUACCUAUUUGUGCCUCCCAUGCUCAACCCUAUCAUCUAUAGCAUCAAGACCAAGGAGAUACGCCAGGCAAUUGUCAAACUUAUGGUGCAACUAAAGUGGAGUUCCAGGGGAGGUGGGCCCACAGACUCUCAGGUGCUCUGGACAAGGGCCUUUAAGGUACCAGGCAGGCAGAGCACAGGCCUGGCUCUACAUAUGUGGGCAGAGGCACCCCAGCUAUCAGAGAGAGCAGGUAAACUCAGUCCCACAGAUAACACUGAGACUCCGUGGGAUGUGGCAAGGGACUGGAAACCUGAUUUUAUUGGCUUAGAGAACCCCCAGGUAAGGAAAUUUCUUCUGCUGAUGCAGGUCAGCAACUUCCUCUGUACCUUCAGGUCUCACAGAGUCAUUGACCUCCGGCCCCCACAGCCAGUAUAUGAAAGGGUGGGACUUGAUCCUCACUCCUCUGGGCUUUGA